AUGAAGCCAACUGGCCUGCCCCCAAUCAUUGAAGCCGUCGCGAGCGAAGUGCUGUCGGGAGUCCAGAAGAUUCUGGACGAAAAGGAGCUGGCGACAGGAACAGUGACACCAGCGUACAUCGACAAGAUCUUUUCGUCCAUAUUGGAUCGACUUCCAAUGGACUCUUCCACUCCUGAACCAUGUGUCGAACGCCAUCAGCACCAACCACGACUGCACAUGCUCUACUCCUGGUGUGGUCGUCUGCAUAAGCUUCCGGAGACGUUCGUAUUUCCAAGCGUCGACACGCAACUGCUUGGUCUCUAUGGCGGCCUG